AUGGCCGUAUCCGUUGUGGGUUUUGACGUUGGUUGUCUAACUUCUUAUGUGGCUGUUGCCAAAGGGGGUGGCAUUGAGACAGUAACGAACGAAUAUAGCGAACGUCAGACACCUACAUGUGUAGCUUUUGCCGGUAACCGGCGGCUAAUUGGCACUGCCGCUAAGCUUCAACAUGUGACUAAUGUGAAGAAUACGAUUGUUGAAUUUUUACCAUUGCUUGGCAAGAAAAUAACCGACGCUUCUGUAGUUAGACAGCGUGCUCGUUUGCCUUAUCCUAUCGAGGAGGGUCCCGAUGGUCGUGUCCUAAUCAAGGUUCACUAUUGUGGCGGUGUUUACACUUUUACACCUGAACAAAUCAUGGCGAUGCAGUUGACGAAAUUGAAAACUAUCACAGAGGCUGCUCUAUCAUCUAAGGUCGUCGAUGUCGUCAUUAACGUUCCUACUUACCUAACGGACUCGGGACGCAGAGCUAUGUUAGAUGCCUCCCGGAUUGCUGGUUUGAACUGUGUGAAGCUCGUCAACGAUACCACAGCGAUCGGCACCGCCUAUGGCCUGUACAAUCUUGACCUUCCUCCUGCCGAUCAACCACCCAGGAAUGUUGCCUUUGUUAGUGUCGGAUACAACAGUACCCAAGUGGCUAUUGGGGCCUUCAAUAGUGGAAAGCUGAAGAUUGUAUCCACUGCGUGUGACCCGCAUCUGGGCGGUCGUGAUUUUGAUGAGGUCAUAUUUAAUAAAAUGGCUAAUGAGUUUGAAGCAAAGUACAAAAUAAGAAUUUCCGACCAUCCGAAGGCUGCUGUCCGGCUGUUGCAGGAAUGCGAAAAAGUGAAGAAAGUGAUGAGUGCAAAUUCUCAAGAAUUACCUGUAAAUAUUGAAUGUUUACUGAAUGAUCGAGAUUUAGUCAGUAAAAUCAAGCGUGCCGAUUUUGAAGAAUACUCUAGUGAACUUCUUGCUCGUUUUGAACAAGUGCUUAAGCGAUGCUUAGCGCUGUCCAAACUGAAGACCACUGAAAUACAUUCGGUGGAACUUGUGGGUGGUACCACUCGGAUUCCGGCUCUGAAGUCUAUUGUUGCGUCUGUUUUCGGGCAAGAUGGUCGAACUACUCUAAAUGCGGAUGAAGCGGUGGCACGUGGUUGUGCUCUUCAAGCUGCCAUAUGCUCCCCAGCUUACCGAGUACGUGAGUUCAAUGUCACGGAAGUGUGUCCUUACGGGAUUACUUUAAUCUGGGACCGAGAAGAUAGCGGAGACCAAUCAAUGGCAGUAACUGCGGAAAAUGACGGUAGCCUCGCGGUAGAUAACAAAGAUACUUCAAUUGAAAUAUUCCCUUUGAUGCACCCGAUUCCUUCUUCUCGUCGACUGUUCUUCAAUCGCCGAGGACCAUUUGCGCUGGAGGCGCGGUAUACACAUCCAGAAGAACUUCCCGACCAAAAUGUUAUCAUUGGAACCUUCAGUGUUCAGGGUCUUCCGCUACAGCCCGGGAACGUCUGUAAAGUUCGUGUGAAGGUUCGAAUCAAUACUCAUGGCAUUUUCGCUGUUUCGCAAGCGGAAGUUGCCGAGGAAUACGAGAAAGAAGUGGAAGUGGAAGUUCCAGAUGAAUCAGUCAAUGCUUCUCCAGAUACAACGGUGGACAAACCCAUGGAAGUGGAAACUCCAAACAACGGAGAUGUGGCGACAGCUCCAUCAGAGGACAGUGCUGCAGUAAACGAGACAAACACAGCCCCUGCGGCAGGCAAAAAGGUACCGAUGAAGAAAACUAUUGUCAAGAAGAAGGCUAUAAAAUACAAGGAUCUUCCUGUAGAUGCCAGUAUCAUGCAGUUUAGCUCAAAGCAGUUGAAUGACUUUUGCGAAACUGAGGGUAAACUGUAUGCACAGGAUGAGUUGGAACACCGACGAGCUCACGCGAAAAAUGCAGUUGAGGAGUAUGUGUACGAAAUGCGCAGCAAGUUGGCGGACAGUCUCAAUCCUUUUGCUACAGAAAAAGAAAAUUCGGACCUGUCACGUGUACUAGAGGAGACGGAAGAUUGGUUAUACGGCGAUGGUGAAGAUCUGCACCGCGAAGCUUAUGUGAAUAAGUUGAACGAUAUUCGUAAACUGGGUGAUCGGAUAGAAAACCGAGCUUUAGAACAGAAAAAUCGCGUUCCAGCGGUGCAGAACUUUGAACAAUCCAUUGUGUCUAUACGCAAGGUAAUUGAUAGUGUUGCUGCGGGCGAGGAUACAUACAAUCAUCUUACGACGGAUCAGUUGAAUCAGUUGCAGUGUUCUUUGGAUCAGCACGAACGAUGGCUUCGAGACCAAGUUCGGACUCAAAGUACGCGACCACUGACUGAGGACCCGGUGCUAAAAACAGCUGACAUCGUUUCCAAACAUCAGGCAAUGGAGGCCGUUUGUCGUCCCAUCAUCAAUACGCCUAAGCCGGCACCACCACCACCACCAACCGCGCCGACGGAGCAGUCUGAAAGUGCCACCCAAAACGACGCAGGAACCGAUCACUCUGCACCAGACGGUGCAAGUACCAAGGGCAAAACUGUGAAUACAAAUGAAGAAAAAACCGAAAAUAUGGAUGUCGACUAA